GGGUUGCCAGGAGGUGAAGGACCCAGGGGCAGCCGUGGGUUAGAUGGCUGCAAUGGCUCGAGAGGAGACCCAGGAUUUCCAGGGGAACACGGUUACGUGGGACCGAGGGGCCCUUACGGAGACAGAGGUGAUCCUGGACCCCCUGGCAUGCCUGGACCUAGAGGGUCAAGAGGUGCGACGGGCCCAUCUGGAUACCCAGGCCAGCCCGGCUUGCCUGGUAUUCCAGGUUACCCUGGUUUGCCAGGUGAACAGGGAAACCCAGGUAUUGGAGUGGAUGGACAAAAGGGGGAGCCGGGUGAUCCUGGUUCUUACGGACCUGCAGGUUUUCCUGGAAUGAAGGGGGAAACAGGAUUUGCUGGCUUUCCUGGACAACCUGGCUAUCCAGGCAUACAGGGGGAUCCAGGAGAAAGAGGACCCCCAGGUCCAAGAGGAGAUCCUGGAUUUCCAGGUCCUGCUGGUGAUAUGGGGUCAGUUGGACCAAUUGGUCCUACAGGCCUGCUAGGAAGACCAGGAGAUGAUGGAAGAAGUCUGCCUGGCCUGCCAGGAGCGAAUCAAUCCCAGGAAGCCCUGGAUUUCCUGGACCACCAGGCCUACCAGGACAGCCAGGAAGGCAAGGCUUACCUGGACUACCCAGUGUAUUCUGUACUGACAGAGGUAGCCCUGGAGAACCUGGUGCAAAAGGUCAGAUGGGCCUUCCAGGAAGAAAAGGUGAAAAAGGAGAAAAGGGAAAUCAAGGCCUCUGCUCAUGUACUGCUGGUGCACCUGGUCCUCGUGGUAUGCAAGGACCUCCAGGCACUCCAGGAAGGAAAGGACAAAUGGGAUACCCUGGAAGACACGGAGAAAAGGGGUGAUUCUGGAGUAUCACUGCCAGGUGAUAAAGGAUUCCCUGGGGUCCCAGGACUUCCUGGGGUAAAAGGGCAGAUGGGACUGCCUGGUCUGGGGUUUCCAGGACCUCCAGGAGUCAGAGGUAGCCCUGGAGAUGCUGGUGAUAGUGGUAAUGUUGGGCCACCUGGUCCAAAGGGCCAGAAAGGUGAGACUGUCCGCAUUACGUCACCAUACCCUGGAAACCCAGGUCCCCCAGGUUUUAAAGGUGUUCAAGGACCAAAGGGUUUAAAAGGUCUCCCUGGUCGUCCUGGGCCAAAUGGCUUUGAUGGGCAAAAAGGCCAUCGAGGCAGACCAGGAGCAGGAAUCCCUGGGCCAGAAGGGUUUCGAGGUGAAGCUGGUGAUCCUGGUGAUGAAGGUGAAAGAGGAUCUACAGUUGAUGGUAAACAUGGCCCUCCAGGUCCACCUGGCAGAGAUGGUCAGAAGGGUGUUCCGGGUGAUACCACAUAUGGUCCUCCAGGAAUCCCAGGCAACAGGGGACUGCCAGGACCCCCUGGUGCACAGGGAGCAAGGGGACAGCCUGGUACCCCAGGAUUUCCAGGUGCCAAAGGUUUUAGAGGCCCAGAAGGUGAUAUAGGAGCACCAGGCUGCCCAGGCUUCCCUGGUCCAUCAUGUGACACAGGAUUACCAGGGCCACCAGGACUCAGAGGUGCCACAGGCCUGCCAGGACCUCAAGGCUUUAAAGGUCAGAGAGGAGACAGAGGUCUAGCUGGGCCACCUGGAAUCAAGGGUCUCAAAGGCUUUCCUGGCUCAGAAGGUCCUCCAGGUAUUCCAGGCUCCCGUGGACUUCCAGGACUUCCAGGCAAUAAAGGACCACCUGGUUUCCCAGGACAAAUGGGAAGCAAAGGGAUUCCAGGACCUCAAGGAUUCCCAGGUCUCCCAGGAAUACAAGGCCCAAUGGGAAUCUCUGGUGUAAAAGGUGAAGAAGGAACCAUGGGUCCACCUGGGCCUAGUGGAGAAUGUGGAGACAUAGGAAUAAAAGGUGAAAGAGGGCCUCCAGGAGACAGUGGCUCCAUCAACAUCCGUCUUGAGAAAGGGCAAAAGGGGGAACCAGGGGUUCCUGGUGAGGAUGGAUUUAGAGGUGAAAGAGGUGAAAGAGGUAGUACUGGUUUCAGAGGCACGCCAGGAUUUCCAGGAAAGAAUGGUGUCCCAGGACUGCCAGGUGAUCAUGGUGACACUGGACUGAUUGGGUUUCCCGGAUCACGGGGUUUUCCAGGACCAAAGGGCUUUAAAGGAAUUGCAGGUUUUCAAGGAGAACCAGGUGACCAGGCAAGAGAGGUGACCCAACUCAUCUGCCUGGUGCACACGGUCGAAAAGGGCCUCCUGGGGAUCCAGGAUUACCAGGACCCUGUGGAUUCCCAGGAGAGAAGGGUUCACCAGGUAUCCAAGGGCAACCUGGAAGACCAGGAUCCAAGGGUGACCCUGGAUACCCAGGAACACCUGGAUUCCCAGGUCUUCCUGGACUGCCUGGACUGGAUGGCUUGGACGGACUCAAAGGUCAAAAAGGUUCUGCAGGAGCUCCAGGUCAAAGUGAAACAGGGCCCCCAGGAUACUCAGGAGAACUUGGACCAAAAGGAGACAGAGGUGAACCUGGAUGGCCUGGUAUUUCUAUCCCAGGCUCCCCUGGAGAACAGGGAUUCCCAGGAUUCCCAGAACCUUUUUUUGGUAAAAUGUCAUCUCUUAGGUAGAAGAGGACCUGUUGGACCCACUGGACCUAUGGGAAGAUGUCCUGAUAGUGCUUCUCCUGGUCCUCCAGGUGACCAGGGACCACCUGGUUUAGAUGGCAUCAGAGGUCAUCCUGGGAAUCCAGGUCCUCCUGGAGAGACCAUCUUUGUGAGAGGAGACCCAGGUGAUAGCGGUUUUCGAGGAGCACCAGGUCCUAUGGGAAUCCAUGGCCCACAGGGUCCACCUGGUGCUGUAGGACAACCAGGAGAUCAAGGUUUUCCAGGAAAACCUGGUCCCAGAGGUCCCACAGGUUUCACAGGUGACCCUGGUGAACCAGGAAAAACAGAUGAUACCUGCCCUACAAUCCCAGGGCCUCCUGGGGAAGCAGGCCAAAGGGGAGAUGAUGGUUCUGAAGAAAAGGUGAAGAAGGGGCAUGUGGGCUGCCAGGCCCAGACGGCUUACCUGGGGCACCUGGACCACCAGGUGACCAAGGGAGCAGAGGAGAGCAAGGGUACGCAGGGCCACAAG